CCCGGUUGUUUUGUUGAUUACUUACUAACCUUAAAAUAAAAUUAAAACCGGACUUCAGAACAACACUUUAUAAUACGAUUGAUUUAAUUUAUUUUAAGUGACUUAUAGGUAUACAACAUUUAUUAGCAACAAAGUAUGGAUACAGUUUAUGAUGUCUCUGGUUUCAGGGCUUCAAAUAACAUUAAUGUUGCCGAAUAUUUUAAAAAGUACAGCGAAAUAUGUCCCCCUGCCAAACGAACUGUCAUUGAAAACUUCUUACAUUUCACGGAAGAUAUAGAUCUCUUCGAGAUUGGAGUAGAUUUUGGAAUUCUAGAAGCUACCUGCAAUCAUGAAAAUCUUAGACUCUCGGACGAACCUGCCAAUUUGCCGAUGGCCGUGCCUGAUAAAGUGCACACAAAAAUGAAAUUCGAUCAAUACUAUCCCAUAACAGACCAAGCACGCAAAUUGAAUGUAAUAAUCUCCAAGGAGACGCUAGAAAAGAGGUGGACCGCUCAGGAGUUCAAAUUUCAUGGAAAAAGAUUCAUAAAAGACAAGGAACAGAUUGUGAGUGAGCAGUUCAAAAAGCAAAACAACGUAAAACCGGGCAUCGAUUUCUUGUUUUCCAUUUUGAUAUACAAACCGAGAACCAUACAUCAGGGCCAGCGACAUUCGGCCGAGAAGCUGAGAUUUGCCUACGAAAUUGAAGCAUUGGGCACCAAUUUUCUAUCGCAAAUAGUGGACGCAAUCGAAUGCAUAAGCGAUUCGGCCGUCAUCAAGGAAGUGGAGAACACAGCGGUGGAUUUGACUCAGUUUCAAAAUGCGAAGAAAUGGUAUCCGUCUCAAACGGUGUUCAUAGAUGGCGUGUUUUAUAACGAUACCAGAAAUCCUGAUUGUAUUGACCUUUCGCCGGAAGUGAUUAAAUGGGCAAGGGAGAAGAACAUUGGAAAGUUUACUACAGCAAAAAUGCAGGAGACUCUCCUAUCGAGCUUGUCGCCCCGUUUGGGUUUCCCGUACGUGUACAUCCACCAAGCUGAUUGCGAGCACAUUUUCGUCUUCUCUGACGUCCGUUUGGUACAAAACAGCGAUUGCUUGGAUACGAAUGAAUAUCCUAAAGUCGUAUCGUUCAACCGCGCCUCCAACAUCUUAUGCCUGCUUUGCACGAUGCGCGUAUGCCGUUGGAUGGUGACCGAAUGCGACCGUUUCCCACAAGAGCGUGUUUUUUUGUGCACGGAAUGCUGCAAUUCGUAUUUGUUCGUAGAUGGAAAGAAAGCGACCGAGUUUAAGUUAUAUCCGUAUUAUGAUCAGGAGAAAAUGAGGAAUUGAAAAAUUUACUCGAUUUAAUUUUGAUUUUUUGAUGUUUUUUUGUAAAUAUAAAAAUAAAGAUUCGUGAAAUAUGUAAAUAAUAAAUAUAACAUUGUAAAUAAAUAAUUUUGUAUCUCUG